GUCACAUAAAUAAAAUAUACCGUAUCGUCGUUCAUCGUCAUGAUUGCGCCUAUUUAUUUUGCUAUUUUAUUAUUAACUAUUGUGGACUCAUUUGUAAAAUGUUCCGAUGAAUCAAAAAGUGAUUCCUUGGUAGAAGAGGUUGAUUGUAAUACUUUGCGCUUAGGGCAAUACAUUUGUCCAGAUCCCAGUAUUGAUCAAAUUGAUCCCAACACACAACAAUACCGUGAUUGCAUGAAAGGAGAUGUUAUACCUUCCGAAGGAGAAGCUUUAGUGCAGUGCAUUGCAGCAGAUGGAAUAAUUUGUCAAGAUACAAAAAGUUCCACAUUUAAGAAGAAAUUACCAUGUAAAUGGACGAAUGGAUAUUCUUUGGAGAUUGCAUUACUGUUAUCAGUGUUUCUGGGGAUGUUCGGUUUGGAUAGAUUCUAUUUGGGCUAUCCUGGUAUAGGGCUAGCUAAACUUUGCACACUGGGCUUCAUGUUUCUUGGACAAUUAUUGGAUAUUAUACUUAUAGCUGCUCAGGUAGUAGGCCCAUCAGAUGGUUCAGCUUAUGUGAUCCCCUACUAUGGAGCAGGAGUUACAGUAAUUAGCAGUUGCAAUGAAACUUACCUUCUGCCACAAGCUGAUUGGCACAACAUUACCUGACAGUGGGGUACUAUAUCAUUUGAGGUUGAUGAAGAUUAUGAAUGGACUUAAGUUAUAAAUGAUGCUACCACCAAAAUGUGAUCUGUGUUCCAUAUUUUAAUGUUAUACUGGGUGUAAGUUAUAGAUUGUACAAAACUGAAACUGAGAGCUCAGAAUGUUUUUAACUCCUUGUUAAAAACAUUCUGAGCUCAACUGAAUACUGUGGAAAUUUAUUCCCUAUAAUUAUAUAUUAUAUAUAUUUAUGGAAAUUUAUCCCUCUUAAUUAUAAUUUAUCCUAUUCUGAAAGCCCUUCUGCCAUGUUUAAUUAUUAUUACUUGACUUCUAAAUGAUUAAAAACAUGCCACUGCAUAUAAUCACACUGUGAUGUCAUUACUUGUUGAAGUCUACCAUUGUCUGACUUAGAAUUGUGUCAACUGUUUUUGCUGUACACAAUUUGUUGCUUACACUUUGUACUUAUAUAUUUUAAUAAUACCUGUAGAUGUAAGUUUUGUUACUGUACAUACAAAUUGUAUAUAAAUAAAAUACAUAUUAAAGUAAGUGCACUGCUUAAUAAGGCUGAAUUAGUCAUAAGAAAAAAGCAAAUAUUACAUUCACAACUAAACCCAGACUUAAGUAUUUGAUUAACUGUUGCCAUUAUGGUAAACAUAAAUAACACCAUAUUUCAAUGAGCAGAAUACUGGGCAAAAAGUGGGUGGUGUACAGAAUUAUAAAUUACUGUGAAAUUAUUUAAUGUAAUGUAUGAUCAUUUUACGUAUUUAGCCUCUCAUAUGGGCCGCUGUGAAUGUGUAGACUUGAGACUAUUAAAAUAGCCAGUCAAGCUUCUCUUAGAAGAGCAGAAUACUGAAAAUGAAUGAAUUGAAAUGGGAUUAAAUAAAAAAAAACAUUCUAGACUAUCAUAAUGUAUUCUACAUUACGGUCUCGAUAAUAACCGUAUCAAUGUAAUAUAGCUAACAAAAUUGUAGAU